AUGACGUGCAUUUGGCGGUGGACUUCGAUGUGGAGAAAAAGGUGGCAGGAGAAAGCGGUGAAUGUAGGGUCAAGAUGCGUGAACACAUUGCCCACUGAGGGGGAACAGAGCACCACCAAGGGUGAAAUUGACCUGAUAGAGCACAAUAACUGCCCUAUGACCACCAACACCCGAUCCAGCAAACACAAAAAUCCUUACCAGCUGCCUUGUCAGACUCAGAAACACACCUCAAAACCCCAGACGUUAGACUCCGACGCUAGCCCGAGUAUAUAUAUUGAAGAGGUUAAAAUCAUGUGUACCGAGCAAACAUGCCAGUCAGACUCUACUGUGGGGUGCGCGGGAUGUAGCAAGAGUGGAGGUAUAGAGCCGACUUCUCUCAAAUUUAUCGAUUGCUCCAAUCGCGCAACUCGAGGUCAUGUGACCCACCUUUGGCAGGCCCCAUGUCUACUCGUACGUAGAUGUACUGGUAGUCAUUCAUUGGAAGGUCCCUUCUAUUCGCAACCCAAUCAUACAGUGUCUAUUCUGUAUAGGGUGUGUCUGUCGAUGAGGGGGGGAGUUGAUGUUCCAUACAACGCGAUGAUAGGGACGGUUUGGCGACAUGUCACGUGA